AUGAAUGCACGAAGAGCUCUUCCAAAUACUCAGCAAUUUAAAGCACCUCCCAAGCAGCCUGCAAGAGGUCCAGGCCCAGUUAAGCAGCAAGGCAAAGCUCCUGCUCCUCAACAGCCAAAAGUUCUGCCACCUCCACCUCCAGUUAUAAUCCGAGAAAACUUUAUUGAAAAAAAGAAAAAAGAAAUAGCUCAGCUCAAAACAGAACUUUCAGCUUUACAAGACCAAAAAACAAAAAUUCCUCCUCCCGCAAGCCUUAGAGUAAAAGAAUACGCUCCCCAAGCAGGUUCUCCCCUUGCCUCUCCAAGGACGUAAAAAUUAUUUAGCCUUUCUCUCCCAGAAUCCUCUUCAAGACCUUCAUCUCGUAUGUCUAGAAAUUCAAAAUCCUCAAUAAUGAUUGCUGAAAUCGGUCUUGAAACUUUCAGUAACGUUUUAUAUAGCCCAACUCCGAUCAAUUUUUAUUAGAUAUUCAUCAUUACUCCAUUGGAACCAAACAUUUUUUGACCAAAGCUUGUUUAGAUUGAUGUGCACUGAAUUAAACUUAAUAAACUCGGAAUCUUUUACUAUGAAUACUGCUGAGCUGCUUUUUCAUAGAUUAAGCCAAGGCAAACAAGUUAAUUUUGAGAAAUUUGUGGAGAUCAUGACAGAAGUUGCUGAUAUUAUUCAUAAAGACAAAGAAAACGCUUUAGGAAUUUUAGCAAGCAGCCUAAGAGUGCCGCAGCAAAGAAUGGAUCAAAUUGAUUUAGGAAUCCCUAAUUGGAAGUCUUCGCUUAUGAGGAGCGAAGAAAUGAUGCUGAUAGCCAAAUAUAAGAAAGCACUUAUAGACUGUUUUAAUAUUUACUCAAAUCAAAAAUGCAGCAAUCCAUUGAGGAUUUAUGUGCAUGAGGUCAUACAACUAGGAUCUGACUUAAAAAUGAUUCCUGGACUUUUAUCAAACCAUGAAGCUGCUAAGAUUUUCAGGCUUGUGAUGAAUCCUGAGUGCUUAAAUGAUAGUUUGAUGUACUCAGAGUUUGAAGAAUGCAUAGCCUUUAUUGCUAUGUUUGGAUAUGCAAGAGAAGGGAUUCAGAAUACAACUGAAGCUUUGGGAAAAAUGCUUUCGUAUUUAAGUUCAAGCUCGACACUGGUCAAGGACCGAAAAUUAGAUGGCUCUAGAUUUAAAACUAAAAAUUAA